UAAUCCCUACGCUCAUGACAGAAUCACUGACUCACAGAGGACUUUAAAAAAGCCUUGGACAGAGCUGAGUAAUAUAUUUAUCUAUUUCAUCUUUGGAGUUGUUGCUUAAAGUAUACAUUUGCUCUUGCUUACGUUCAUAGUGUUCAGAAUACUUCUUUGGCUUGUCUUGUGUUUGGACGGCUCAGACCAGAGGAUGUUUGUGACUGUGCUCCUGCUUCUGGUCGCUCUGUCUGCCCAGGGAGGGCACAGCGAGGAGACAGAGGAGGCUCAGAGACCUGGUCAUGUUUCUGUGAUCAUAGUAGGAGCCACAGGUGACCUGGCAAAGAAAUACCUGUGGCAGGGAUUCUUCCAGCUGUAUGUUAACCAGGUCAGCAGCGGAAACACCUUUUUCUUCCAUGGUGGAGGACUGUCACCUGCUGACAAGGGCACACCAGUCCUCUUUGAGGCUCUGAAGGCGGUGUCCUGCUCGAAGGACGUGUCUCAGGAGCGCUGUGCUGUGCUGAAGGACCAGUUCCUGCGGCUCUCACAGUAUCGGCAGCUGAAGACCUUAGAGGACUACCAGGAACUGGCCAAGCACAUUGAGCAACAGCUUCAGGAGGAGGGAAUGACAGAGGCAGGGAGACUCUUCUAUCUUUCAGUACCAGCUUUUGCAUAUGCAGAUAUUGCUGAGAAGAUUAACAGCAGCUGCAGGCCGACCAGUGGAGCCUGGCUGAGGGUGGUGCUGGAGAAACCUUUCGGGCAUGACUUCAGGAGUGCUCAGCUGUUAGCAUCUCAUCUUGGGAACUCGCUGAAGGAUGAAGAAAUGUACAGAAUUGACCACUACUUAGGGAAACAGGUGGUUUCGAAGAUACUUCCAUUCAGAAUAGAGAACAGGGAGUUUCUUGAUCCUAUCUGGAACAAGCACUACAUCGAGAGAAUAGAGAUUGUCGUGAAAGAGACCCUGGAUGUUACAGGUCGUAUUCCCUUCUAUGACCAGUAUGGGGUGAUCAGAGAUGUUCUACAGAAUCACCUGACCGAGAUCAUGACGCUUCUGACCAUGAAGCUUCCUAAGAAUGUCAGCAGCAAUGAAGAAGUUCUUCAGAACAAGCUGCAGAUCUUCAGUUCCCUGCUGCCUUUAGCAAAGAAUCAAGCAGUGAUCGGCCAGUAUCAAGCCUACAAAUCAGAGGUUCAGCAGGAACUAAACAAGACAAAAGAUCACGUCAGUCUCACACCAACAUUUGCAGCUGUACUGGCACACAUUGAUGAGACGCAGUACGAAGGUGUACCAAUUCUUUUGACCUCAGGGAAGAUGUUGGAUGAACGGGUGGGUUAUGCACGCGUACUCUUUAAGAAUGACAUGUUUUGUCUUCAGAAACACAACGGCAUUCACUGCAAACCCAAACAGAUAGUUUUCUACUUCGGACACGGUGACCUUCAGUAUCCAGCAAUUCUUGUAAGUAAGAAUUUAUUCAAGCCGACUCUGAUCGACGGCGACUGGAAGGAAGUGACUGAACACACAGAUGUCAGUGUUUUAGGUUUGUCAGUAUCAGACUACUACGUUCAGACUCCAACAGAGCAGAGGGAAGCCUAUGCAGAACUCAUCUCUCACAUCCUUGCUGGACGUAAGAAUAGCUUCAUUAGUACUGAAAACCUGUUGGCUUCCUGGAGCUUAUGGACACCGCUGCUCAGUAGCUUAGCUAGCUCUUUUCCCCGCAUCUACCCCGGCGGUGUAGACAACGGAGGGCUUCUGGACGUCCGUCUGAAAGGGAGAGAUAUUAGCUACAACAGUGAGGUGGUGAUAAUCAGCCCUGAUCAAGUGGGUGGGACAUCAGCAAACAAUUACCAAGUGAUGCAAGGCAAAUUUCGCAGUGCGGACAUGGUAUCUGCCUGGGCGGAAGAGCUAGUUGAGAGGCUGGCUGUAGACAUACAGGAAGCAGCAGAGGCGGCGGUGCGUGAGAGCGGUGUUUUCCAUCUUGCCCUCUCCGGCGGCUCCACUCCUCUGGCUCUGUUCCACAGGUUGGUCCUACACCACUUCUCCUUCCCCUGGAGGGACACCCAUGUGUGGAUGGUGGAUGAGCGCUGUGUGCCGCUGACUGAACUGGAGUCCAACUUCCACAGCAUGCAUGAGCACCUCCUGCAGCACGUCAGGAUACCCUACUACAACAUCCACCCCAUGCCUGUGCAGCUCAACCAGCGUCUGUGUGUGGAGGAGGACAGAGGUGCACUGCAGUAUGAGAAAGAGCUCAGCAAAUGGGUUAACGGCUCCAGCUUCCACUUCGUACUGCUCGGUGUCGGUUAUGAUGGCCACACAGCCUCUCUGUUCCCUGGUAGUAAAGUAAAUGAACAUGGGGAACGUCUUGUGGCCCUCACCGAGAGCCCCGUCAAGCCUCACCAGCGUAUGAGCCUCACUUUCAACGCCAUUAACCGAGCCCACAGGGUUGCUCUUUUGGUGAUGGGCAAAGGCAAGCAUGAGCUGAUCACCCAACUGAGCCGAGUGAAGGACAACUUAGACAAAUAUCCUGUCACUGGGGUGAAGCCUGAUCCCGGUACACUUAUCUGGUACAUAGACUAUGAUGCCCUCUUAGGUUAGGGGAUUAUAGUCAUGAUCUUAAAUGGGACAAAUAUCUGUGGAGCUGCUGUAAUCAGUGCUGGUUGGUGAAAAAGAAUGUAUGAACCAGCACAUGCAGAAUCUGUGAUUUUACUUGUUUUAGCUUGUUAACUACAAACACACAUAUACUGAAUAUCAAUGCUGCUUUUUCCAAAUUUUGUCAUGAGAUUUCGGAUUCAUUUUCUACCAGCCAUCUGUCCAAGUUCAGUAGCAGUACUUGCAAAGGCUGAAUGAACGACUCAGAAGAAGAAAUCCACUGAAAGCUCUCAGUGGAAAAUGGUUUAAGGCAGUUUCUUGUUGGUGUAUUCAUGUGAUUGUUGGAAAGCGUAGAUACUGAAAAGGAUAUUAUGAUCUUUGCGGUUUCUUAUAUCAAAAGUAGUGCUGUUCACCCGACUAGCAAGGCUUGGCUAAUGGAUGAAGACUUUUCCAGCACAUUAAUUCAUCAGUAGGAGAUGCAUAGUCUUGACUCUAACAUUAAAAGCUUUGCUUUGUUGGCAAGGAUAUUAAGUAUUUGACGUUUGUAGUUAAUAAGUGUAAAACACUGCUGUUAUGGUCUUUUUAUUGAAGGAUAAAACCUUGUUUGACUUUUCUUAGGGUGUGCGUGAAAUGCAUAUGCAAACCUUUUAUAAUUAGUCUAAUUAAGUGUGAGCUGAGUGUAAAUUUAAACACACAAAGUCUACAUGUCUGCAGUUUACAUAGAGGAUAUGCAGCACCGGAGAAAAUGUGACAAAUCUGACCUGAAAGUCAGUUUAACACAAAGAUUGAUUAUGAGUGAUUUUUUUUUCUUAAAAGUGUGUUUGUAUGGGUGUGAGUAAUAUCAUUUCUCAGGUGAAUUUUCAGUUCUGCAGUUUACUGUGUAAUCUGCCUUUACUUGAUUGUAUAUUUUCUGUCAUUGCGUUAUGACAACCCUCUUGAAAUGCAAUCAGUUGGAUAAAAAGACUAAAAAUGUAGGUCAUCCCACAGAUCAUGUAUUUUAUUCAUCAGUAAAAUAAAUAAACACAUUUGUAACAAUCUUUCAGGUGAUACCAAAUAUUUGGUGCUUUGUUAGUAUAAAGUACAUUCCUGUCCUUUGUACAAUGACAUUCCUCUAAGAAUAGUCUAUGCAUAUGAUCUGCUGGUGCUUUUUUUAUCUAAGUCCAAAUGGAACCAAACAAGAUUCAAGUUUAUAGUUCAUCCAUUGAAGAUUCUCUUAAAGACGAGCUGGAUGAGUUUCAGCAGCAGUGUUUUUGUAAACAUUAGGCUGUAAAGAUUUACCAGGUGCCUUCAUCUCCUCAAAAACAGCUAGUCAGCAGCUAAUCUAGCAGCAUGAAUACAAUUUCAGACUAAAAUGAAAAUCUACAAAACAUUAUUUUUACAUUACUGAGGUGCAGCAAGUCUUCCAUCACAUUGGCACCAUAUGAUGCAACACUGACUUUCUCUUUUAGGUCACAGAAAUAUCAAAUCUUUUUCCCUACAUGAUUGCAUUUUGAAGUGUUUUGAUAUUCUUUCCAUGCCUUUUUAAUGUUCUUCUUGCUUUAAAGUUUGACUAAAAAGUGGGAAAGUUACAAACAGAUAUAUAGUAAGUGUAAUGUAGGAGUUUGAAAUGAUUUCUGGUGUUCUAAACCAGUAAUCAGACAGUGAUGGAAGAUAGCAGGGAAAAUAAAUCUGUCAUGGAGAUCACUUGCGUUUUGGUGCAGAAAUGCUUUUUUUCUUUAAUUAAUGCAACCUGGACAUCUUUGCUUUAUAAAUCAGUAAAUCAUUUCUUUUUCAUCUUCUGCUAUAAUUUGUUUAUUGCAGUUAUGUUUUUCCAAUGAAAUAAACAUCACUUUAAGUACUGUAUGCAGAUUUACAUCUGUAUUCUUAUUACAUGUAUAAAUGUACUUUGAAUGUACUGUUUGAACCACAUUUCUAUUGGCUUCCUAUGGCAAAUUGUCACGUGAAAUGGCCAAAUGUAACCAGAACCCAUCAACAAAUAAAAAGCAAAAACUUUAAACAGUCAA